GCACCAAUCACCACCACUCCUCCAAUCCGACAAUUUCUCGCAGCUCGAACCAAGGCGAGUUCGUCGGCGACCAUGUCCGGGCGCGGCAAGGGAGGCAAGGGGCUCGGCAAGGGCGGCGCCAAGCGCCACAGGAAGGUGCUCCGCGACAACAUCCAGGGCAUCACCAAGCCGGCGAUCCGGCGCCUCGCUCGGAGGGGCGGCGUGAAGCGCAUCUCGGGGCUCAUCUACGAGGAGACCCGCGGCGUCCUCAAGAUCUUCCUCGAGAACGUCAUCCGCGACGCCGUCACCUACACCGAGCACGCACGCCGCAAGACCGUCACCGCCAUGGACGUCGUCUACGCGCUCAAGCGCCAGGGCCGCACCCUCUACGGCUUCGGCGGAUAGGCCCCUCGUGGUCGUCAAUCUUCGUUGCCCCCCUGCAGAUUCCUAAAGCUCGAUGAGAACCUGACUUGUUUAGUUCGCUAUUUCCCCUGUAGUUCCAAGUGAAUCAUGAAACAAAGCUAUUCGCAUCUGGAGUUUGGAAAUUGUACUUGUCUUUGUGCAAAUAAACUGUUUGUGAUUU